AUGUUUGGCAUAGUUUACAAAGGGGAGUACCAGGGCGGCAUUGUGGCAGUGAAAAUUGCAGAGGUGACUGUACCUAAAGUCCAUGCGAAGACCCAUCUGACCGAAGUCAAGGUUGCCUCGUCGCUGACACAUCCCAAUGUGGUCAAUCUGUACAAGGCAGUUGUGGAAAGGGUGAAGCCGGCGAGGACGGGCCUGCACAGGAAGAUAUCAUCCCUGAGCUCCAAGGGCUCCUCUGACUGGGGCGAGGUGUUUGCAAGCUCGCCAGAGCUCCCCAAGGGCGAGGGUGGCAUGUCCCCUGGAGGGCUGUCCAACAUGAGCUCUAGCACUGAGGCUGCCUGGUCCUACAAUCGCAUCUCAUCCCCUGCCAGCGUGGGAGUGGGCGGCUCAGAUAUGGAGGGCAUGGCAUCACCGCCGGGGUCGCCCUUGCAAGACAAUGAUGGGAUCCCCCCGCCGCCAAAAUCGGUGUUCCAGGGGACGCCACCGAGGGCCCCCCAGCGCCAGAGCAGCGCUGACUCAUCCACCACGCAGAUGCUGACAUCCUUCCUGCACCUGCGACUGCCGAGGAGGCGCAGCCCUGCAGAGGUCAGUCCAGGCUCUGACAGGAGGGAGGCCGAGGGGAGCAGUGGCCAGAGCCUGGGCUCAGCGCGCUCCAGCAGCAUGGUCACCUUCCGCUGCAUCUUUGUCAUGGAGUUCUGCGAUGCAGGAACGCUGUGGAUGGCAGUCAGGCAGGGGGCGUACCAUCGGGCGGACGGCCAGCCGCGGCUGCAUGCAAUCCUGUGCACUGCAAUAGAAGUGGCGGAGGGCGUCGCGCACAUGCACGCGCACCGCAUCGUGCACCGCGACCUGACCACACGCAACGUCCUGCUCAAGCACGAGCCUGCCAUCCAGCGCACCCGCGCCAAGGUGUCUGACUUUGGGCUGAGCAUGCUGUUCAAGCCGGGGCAGGAGCAGGCGGUGGCGAUGCAGCACGGCACGCUCGCAUUCAUGCCCCCAGAAUUGCUCACCAGCGACAUCCUCUCCUACGCGACCGACGUCUACUCCUUCGGCAUGCUGCUCUGGGAGAUGAUCGCCUCCGAGACGCCCUAUGCUGGCCUGUCGGAGCAGCAGAUCAUCCACCGGAAGCUGCAUGAAGCCGUGGACAUGCCAUCGCCCGGCAGCUGUCCCGCUGUGCUGGCGGAGCUGAUGCAGGCGUGCCUGAGCAGGCAACCCUCCCAGCGGCCUAACAUGGCAACCGUCACCUCCCGCCUGCAUGCGCUGCUCGCCAUGUUCUGGUCUGACGACGACAACUGA